GCCGCCGAGAAAGGCCAUGAAGGUAUCGUCAAGCUGCUGCUUGACACAGGCAAGGCUGAGUUUGACUCGAAGGGUUGGAACGGACAGACGCUGCUAUCGUGGGCGGCAUCGAGUGGGAACAAGGAAGUGGUCAAGCUACUGCUCGAGACAAGCAAGGUCCACGUUGGUUCAAAGGAUAUAACCAACGGACGGACGCAGCUAUUGUGGGCAGCAGAGAAGGGGCAUGAGGUAGGAGCAAGGCGGCGGUUAAGCUGCUGGGGGGAGGCAGGCAAGUUAGAUGCUGAUUCGAAGGAUGAGUACGGACGGGUGCCGCUAUCGCAGGUGGCAGCCAACCGGCAACAGGCAGUAGUCAAGCCGCUAUUUGACACAGGCAAGGUGGAAGUCAACUUUAAGGACAAGGCCGGACGGACGCCGCUGUCGUGGGUGGCACCGAGAGGGCACGAGGUAGUCGUCAAUCUGCUGCAGUCGCACAUUAAUCUCUCUGGCUAA